GGAGUUGCAAGUCUUAAUAACGAUGGUCAGAGAAAAGGAAUGAAGAGACAAGGUUAAAGCAGAGCUGUUGGGGCCCAGCUGAGAUUUGACCUCAGAGGGAGAUUCCAGGAGACCCAGGAAGCCACUUCAGAGAAGAGGAAGUGAAAGAAGGUUGUGUCUGUGUGACAAGAACACAUGAUUUUUAACAAUGAAAAAAUUCACUCUCUUUGAUUUUGUAAGUGAUAACUCACUGCAAAUUGGAGAGACUUCCUGGAUAGAAGAUCUUCCCAGUGAUGACAACGAACUAGAAAGGCUCCUGAAACGAAAUGAGCAUGUGCUGGUGAACUGGCCUGUGGGAGAAAGAAGGACAGAGAAGCACCUGGUGAAGGUUGUGUACAUGAGUGAUGACCCCCAAGAGCUGGUGGAAAUGAUGCAGAAGAUACUGCAAGCAGAUGAAAUUACAAAAAUACAAGUCCUUGGAAAAGGCAAGAGAAAGAGGAUAGAAAUGAUAUUCUCCGAAAGUGAGGACAGUGACCUGGCUCAAGCACAGGGGAGAAUGCUGAGGCCUGUGAAAAGGAAGAAAUCAUUACAGGCAGCUGCCUCUGCUAACAUCCURAGUCAGCUUGAAACAUCUUUAAUUAACAAACAGAGAGAGCCCUAUUCAGGAAACAACUAUUCGUACAGUGAAAGCAGCAGUGAGGAUGAAGAGCCCUUAUUUCAACUAUCCAAGGUGGAGCUGUGUGCCAAAAUAAAGAGCCUCAAGAGGAAACUGGCAGACACCAUGAGGGAAAACUGCCGCCUGAGGCAGUCCCUGGUCGUGCUCCAAGUGUUGCCACAGGCAGUCACCCAUUUUGAGGAGCUGGUGGGCAUGGCAGAAGCUCUGCUCAAAGGAGGAGUGACAAYGUCGGGGUCCAGCCUUCCCUCACAUGCUGUUUGGAAACCGCCAGGCAAUUCUUACGCAGAUUCCUGUGCAACUAUGCACAGUAACUCCAGCUCACCCGUGACUUUGAACGUGGAAGAUGAGGAGCAACAGAUUGAGAAACAGUUCAAGAUCGAGAAGUGGCAGAUUGCACUUUGCAACAAGAGCAAACCUCAGAAGUUUAUAAAUGACUUGAUGCAAGCCCUUUAUACACACGAAUACAUGGCCACGCACAGCCUGACGGGUGCAAAGUCCUCCUCCUCCAGGGACAAAGCAGCAAAACCAGCUAUGAAUCAGAAUGAAGUUCAGGAAAUCAUAGGAAUCACCAAACAGUUGUUUCCAAACACAGAUGAUGCUUUGAUUAGAAGAAUGAUGGGACAAAAACUAAACAAUUGCACCAAGAAACCAAUUUUAAGCAAAGAUCUUAACUCAGGUGCUUUUCAGAAUCAUGGCUUCUGGUAAGUCUCCAAAACAAAUGACAUAUACAGUGUGCCAUUGCCUAUGUUCCCUGUGGCAAUGAAAAUCAAAAACAAUCUUAAAAGUUAUCUUUAAGGUAUGUGUUCAGAUAUGCGUUGCCCAGUAGCUAAAUAUUUUCGUGUCCAAUGUACAGUGAUUACAGUAUAUAAAAGCAGCUCGGCUUACCAUUACAGCACAAAAGAAUGUUGCUUAUUCUGGACAAGGCAGCACAAGGUAAGUAAAGAACAGGAAGAGAAGACAAGAGUGAGGACAUGAAGUUACUUUACUUUGAUCAGUGUAUUUUAUACAUUUAUACAUGUAUU